AUGCCGAGCGCUGUGGUAAACGGGGCGGGCCCCAAGCCCGAGGACGACGUGGUGUUAACCGGGCUGUCGGGGCGCCUGCCGCAGUCGGACAACAUCGAGGAGUUCGCUCGGCAGCUCUUCGACGGCGUCGACCUGGUCACCGCCGACGACCGCCGAUGGACCCCGGGUCUCCACGGACUACCCGAGAGGAAUGGCAAGUUGAAGGAUCUCGCGCACUUCGAUGCCACUUUCUUCGGCGUUCACGCGAAACAGGCGCACCUCAUGGAUCCGCAGCUGCGGCUGCUGCUAGAGGUGACGCACGAGGCCAUCGUGGACGCCGGCCUGAACCCGGCGGAGUUGCGCGGCUCGCGCACCGGCGUGUUCGUCGGGGUCUCCAACUCGGAGACUGAGGAGAUGUGGACGCAGGAGCCCGACAAGAUCAACGGCUACGCGCUCACCGGCUGCUGUCGAGCGAUGUUCCCCAACCGCCUCUCAUACACCUUCGACCUGAAGGGUCCCUCGUACGCCAUCGAUACGGCGUGCUCGAGCUCCAUGUUCGCGCUCGCGCAAGCGGUGGCCGCGAUGCGCGCCGGCCAAUGCGACGCGGCGGUCGUCGCCGGCUGCAACCUCUGCCUGAAGCCGGCGACGUCGCUCAACUUCCACCGGCUGAGCAUGCUGUCUCCGGAGGGGCGCUGCGCCGCAUUCGACGCCGGCGGGCGGGGCUAUGUUCGCUCGGAGGCGGUGGUCGCCGUUCUUUUGCAAAGACGCGGGGUGGCGCGGCGCGUCUACGCGACCGUGCGCGCCGCUCGCACUAAUACGGAUGGACUUAAGCCGCAGGGUAUCACUUUUCCUUCCGGGGACAUGCAACGCCGCCUCGCCGAGGAGACUUUCCGCGAGGCGGGUCUUCGACCCCGCGACGUCGCCUACGUCGAGGCUCACGGAACGGGCACGAAAGUGGGCGACCCGCAAGAGGUUAACGCGAUUGCGGAACUGUUUUGCCCGGGCCGCUCCUCGCCACUGCUGCUCGGCUCGGUGAAAUCGAACAUGGGUCACUCCGAGCCGGCCUCCGGUCUCUGUUCGAUCGCUAAGGUGCUUGUGGCCAUGGAGCGCGGCCGCAUCCCGGCCAACUUGCACUUCGCCUCCCCCAACACGGAUAUUCCGGCGCUCAACGACGGUCGCAUACAGGUAGUAGACCGAAAUACGGCGUGGCCGGGCGGUCUGGUGGCGGUCAACUCGUUCGGCUUCGGCGGUGCCAACGCGCACGUUAUCCUUGAGUCCGAGCCGGCGAGCCCCCGUGCCGCACAGCGACCCGCGACCGUGUCCUCGCCGCGCCUCCUGAUCGCUUCGGGACGCACGGAAGACGCGGUCCGCGAGCUGCUUGCGCUAGGGGCCGAGCACGCCUCUGACGAGUAUCUGCACGCUUUGCUCGACUCCGUCCACGCGAAGAACAUCCCCGGACAUUCGCAUCGCGGUUAUCGCCUUCUCGCCGACCUCCCGCUCGAAGAGAUAUUCGAGGCAGAGAGCGGUGAGCCGCGGCCGGUCUGGUUCGUGUUCUCAGGAAUGGGGUCCCAGUGGGCGGGCAUGGCGCGUACGCUCCUGCGUGUGGGCGUGUUUGCGCGUAGCGUGGAGCGUAGCGCGGUGGCCCUGCGGGCGCACGGCAUCGACCUCGUAUACCUGUUGACUGACGCCCCAGAUGCGGCCUUCGACGACGUCAUCAACUCGUUCGUCUCCAUCGCGGCCGUGCAAGUCGCUCUCGUCGACGUCCUGCGCACGAUUGGCGUCGUGCCCGACGGCAUUAUAGGGCAUUCCGUCGGCGAAAUCGGUUGCGCAUACGCCGACGACACGCUGACCGGUGAACAGGCGGUGUUAGCGGCGUACUGGCGGGGUCGCAGCAUUGUGGACGCGAAGCUGCCACCCGGCGCAAUGGCGGCCGUCGGCCUCUCGUGGGAGGACUGCGAAAAGCGACUGCCACCCGACGUCGUUCCGGCGUGCCACAACGCGGCUGACAGCGUCACCGUGUCGGGCCCUGUCGACUCCGUCGCCGCUUUUGUCGCAGAGGUCAGCUCGAGCGGCGGAUUCGCUCGCCGCGUCAACAGCUCCGGCGUCGCCUUUCACAGCAAGUACAUCGCGGCCGCCGCGCCCUUGCUGCGCGCCAGUCUGGAGCGCGUCAUUCCUCACCCGAAGCCGCGCUCGCCUCGCUGGGUCUCCUCUUCUCUGCCGAGGAGCCAGUGGAACUCUGAUAUCGCGAAACUGAGCGACGCGGCGUACCACGUAAACAACUUGCUGUCGCCGGUCCGGUUCGCGGAGGCGUUGCAAGCCGUGCCGGAACGUGCUAUCUUGGUAGAGAUCGCCCCGCACGCGCUGUUGCAGGCGGUGCUGAAGCGAGCCCGCCCGGCGCCGUCAGCCGCCCACGUACCCCUGGUGCGCCGUGACGCCAGCGACCCUUGCGCGCACUUGCUGGCCGCGCUCGGUCGCCUAUACGCGGCUGGAGCUCAGCCGCAUGUGGGGGCGCUCUACCCUGCCGUGACGUUCCCGGUACCUCGCGGCACGCCCGGGCUCGCCUCGCGAGUGCGCUGGGACCACUCCAUCGAGUGGAGCGUUGCCGACUUCGGAUCUGCGCGCUCCGGUGAGAACGUCAUCGAAUACGACCUCUCCAAAACCGAGGACUCCUAUAUCUCCGGCCAUAACAUCGACGGGCGCGUCCUCUUCCCGGCUACCGGCUACUUGAUGCUGGUCUGGAAAACUAUUGCAAAGAUAAAUAACAAGAAGCUGGAAGAGACAGCGGUGGUAUUGGAGAACGUGCAGUUCAAGCGAGCAACGAUAGUCUCGCGCGACACGCCCGUGCGCUUCCUCGUAAACAUCUUGACUGGCGCGGGCGACUUUGAGGUGUGCGAAGGAGGCGGAGUGGCCGUCACGGGCACAGUUCGCUUGGCAGACGACCCUCAGGCGGAGCGUCUAACCGCCGCGCCCCCGAACCCGUCCAUGGCGGAGCCUGGCUCCCUUCCGCUGCUCACGGACGACGUCUACAAGGAACUGCGCUUGCGCGGCUACAACUACGGAGGCAUCUUCCGCGGCAUCGUCGCGUCGGACCCUCGCGGCGCAGUCGGUGAGCUCGCUUGGAACGACAACUGGAUCGCUUUCAUGGAUACGAUGCUUCAAUUUGGCAUAAUAGGCGUGGACACGCGCCAGCUGUACCUGCCCACGCGACUGCAGCGCGCGCUCAUCGACCCCGGCGCACACCUGGCGGCGCUCGCGGCGGCCGAUGGCCCUGCGAUCCAGGUGCGCAUGCGCCGCAACAUCGACGUCAUCUCUGCGGGUGGAAUAGAGUUUCGCGGCGUAAAAACGAGCCUCGCGCCGCGCCGGGCCAACCCGCAGCCGGCGCCCAAGCUCGAGAAGUAUGCGUUCCUCCCGUACGAGAACGGGCGUGUCGCCGGCGAAGACACUUCGCGAACCAAGCGCGACGCCGUCACAGCGUGCGUGCAGCUCGUGCUGGAGAACGCCGGCACGCUGCGCUUGAAGGUGUGCGAAGCGGUGUUGGGGCGGAGUGCCGAGGCGCUGCUGUCGUCACCGGCUUUGGCGGCACUGGAAGCCGAGCCGCAGGUGCGCGUGGACGCCACGCUGGCCGCCGGACCGAAGCACGCCGCUUACGCUGCACUGGCGCAAACGUUGGGCGCUAAGACUAGUCAAAAGGAUGGCACCUCUGGACCUCCGGAUUCCGAGUGUCACUUAGUGUUGGCGACGGACGUGUUAAGUCGACACGGCCCAGGUGUCCUAGCGCACCUAUCUUCUGCGCUACUCGACACCGGUAUGCUGCUGCUGGAGGAGCCCCACGGCGCUCUCGAUGAACGCAGUGCAAUGGACGCGCUGGAGCGGGCCGGCCUCGAGUCGCUGGCAAGGCAACCGGCUGCCAAUUGCGAGUACCUACUGCUUCGACGCAGGCGGCAGGUUCCGGCGAAGAGCGUGGUCGUGGAAGUAGACGACGAGGCGUACGGGUGGGUAGAGCGUCUGCGGGAGGCUCUGCAGCGCGCGGAGAGCGAAGAGAUGCUCGUGUACGCUGUGUCACGCGUUGCCACCGGCGGAAUUCUGGGGCUGGGCACGUGCCUGCGCGGCGAAGCGGGAGGCUCGCGCCUUCGCGUCUACUUCCUGCCCGGCGCCCGCGAGCCUUUCCGUCCGGACGCUCCAGCCUACCGCGUGCAGGUGUCCAAGGACUUGGCGGUUAACGUACUGCGCGCUGGCGUUUGGGGCUCUUACAGGCAUUUGCUACUUUCGGAUUCCGCUGAGGCUCAACUGCAGGUGCAGCACGCCUAUGUGAACACGUUGACGCGAGGUGACCUCUCCUCGCUGCGGUGGAUCGAGAGCGAUCUCCGUUAUGCGGGUACUGUCGGCUUAAGCGCCUCGCAAGAGCUCUGUCGCGUACAUUACGCACCGCUCAACUUCCGCGACAUCAUGCUCGCGACCGGCAAACUCCCGCCCGACGCUCUCCCUGGAAAUCUCGCCGGCCAAGAGUGCAUUCUGGGUCUGGAGUUCAGCGGACACGCUUCGAACGGCGCGCGAGUUAUGGGCAUGGUGGCCGCGCGAGGACUCGCCACCACCGUCGUCGCGGACAAAGGAUUUCUCUGGGAGGUUCCCGAUAAGUGGACCUUGGAGGAGGCGGCGACGGUGCCGGUCGCGUACGCGACCGCAUACUACGCACUGUCGGUGCGCGGCCGCAUGAGACGCGGCGAGUCGGUGCUCAUCCAUGCGGGCACCGGUGGCGUGGGUCAGGCGGCCAUCGCGAUCGCUCUGCAUGCGGGCUGCACCGUGUACGUGACCGUAGGCACGCCAGACAAACGCGCUUUUCUCCGCGAGCGGUUCCCCACUCUGCCCGAAGGGAAUAUUGGUAACUCUCGUGAUACAUCCUUCGAGCAGCUGGUUCUAGAGCGCACUCAGGGUCGCGGGAUCGACCUCGUGUUGAAUUCGCUCGCGGCCGACAAGCUGGCCGCCUCGGUGCGAUGCCUCGCGCCAGGCGGCCGCUUUCUCGAGAUCGGCAAGCUGGACCUUUCCAACAACACACCGCUCGGCAUGGCCGUCUUCCUGAAAAAUACCACAUUUCACGGCAUCCUUCUGGACGCGCUCUUCGACGCCGCUGGCGAUGACCCCGAGCGACUCGCCGUGGUGCGCUGUGUCAACGAGGGAAUAGCGAACGGAGCGGUCCGUCCGCUUCCCGCCACCGUCUUCGGCGACCAGCAGCUCGAACAGGCGUUCCGCUACAUGGCGACCGGCAAACACAUCGGGAAAGUGGUGCUCCGAAUUCGCGAUGAGCCGGUGGCCGCCAUUCCGCGGACGUACAUGCAUCCCGCCAAAAGCUACGUUUUAGUGGGCGGAUUGGGCGGCUUUGGUUUGGAGCUCGCGGACUGGUUGGUGAGGCGCGGGGCUCGGGCGCUAGUGCUCAACUCGCGAAGCGGCGUUCGCACGGGCUACCAGUCUUGGUGCGUACGCCGGUGGCGUGAACGGGGAGUGCGCGUUCUAAUAUCGACGGCGGACGUAUGCAGCGCUUCCGGGGCGCGCGCUCUGCUCCAUGAGGCGAAGGGCCUGGCGCCGGUGGGUGGGCUGUUUAACCUGGCCGCCGUGCUGCGCGACGCCUUCCUCGAGAACCUAACGUCCGACGACUUCCGCGCGGUGGCCGCACCGAAGAUCGACGCUACUAGAACGCUAGACGCGGCAUCGCGAGAGCUGUGCCCCGAGCUGGAGUACUUCGUGGCGUUUUCGUCAGUGUCGUGCGGUCGCGGGAACCCGGGCCAGAGCAACUACGGUCUCGCCAACUCGGCCAUGGAGCGCAUCGUGGAGGCGCGCCAGAAAGACGGAUUGCCGGGGCUCGCGGUGCAGUGGGGCGCAAUCGGUGAAGUGGGCCUCAUUAUGGACACGAUGGGCGGAGACGAAGCCGUGGUGGGCGGCACGGUGCCGCAGCGCAUGACGUCGUGCCUGGAGUCGUUGGGUGCACUUUUAGCGCUUCCGCACGCCGUCACGGCUUGCAUGGUGCUCGCCGACAAGCGCCGCUCCGCCGCGGCGCCCACGCACGACCUCGUGCACGCCGUGGCGAAUAUACUCGGAAUCAAAGAUCCUUCCAAAAUAUCGGAAUCGGCUAACCUCGCCGAAUUAGGUAUGGACUCGUUGAUGGGAGCGGAGAUCAAACAGACGCUGGAGCGCGGCUACGAUUUGGUGUUGGGCGUGCAGGAGAUCAGAUCGCUUACGUUCGCAAAAUUGCGCGCUCUCGGCGGCGGCGAGGAAGUAGCGGGCGAAGGCGCCCCAGCCGAUGAACAGGGGGCGGACGAGAUCAUCAACUUGGCUUCUCUCGGCGAACUGAUGCCGAAGCAGGUGGUGGUCAAGUUGCCGAGCGACGAGCGCGACGCUGAUAGACCGCCUGUAUUUAUGGUGCACCCGAUAGAGGGCGUCGUGGACAUGCUGCGCGGCGUGGCGAGGCACGUGCGCGGCGCCGUGUACGGCCUGCAGUGCACGCGCGCGGCGCCCUUGACCGACUUGCACGAACUCGCCGCCUUUUACGUGCAGCACGUGCGUGCCGUGCAGCCGCUGCCGCCCUACACGCUGGUCGGCUACUCAUUCGGCGCCGGCGUGGCUUUCGAAAUGGCUUUACAACUCGAGAAGAGCGGUUGCGAGACGCGCCUCGUGCUCGUCGACGGAUCCCCCGAGUUCGUUGCUGCGCACACCACCCGCGGCAUCCAACGCCGCGCCGAACGGUCCACCGCUACGGACGAGGCGGACGCUCUCACGUACUUCGCGCAGCUGUUUCUCGACGUGGACGCCCCCACAAUGUCCGCCGAGCUGGAGCGGCUGGCCGAUUGGGGCGAGCGAGUGGCGCGCGUCGCAGAGUUGGUCGGCGGCGUUGGCGUCGACGCCGAGACCCUCGCAGCCGCCGCGGAGUCCUUCUACCGCAAGCUGGUCGUCGCGGAUGCGUACCGGCCGAGGGGAAAAGUGCGCGCACCGGUGACGCUGUUCACGGCGCGCGACAACUACGUCGAACUUGCGGCAGACUACGGGCUGGGCACCGUGUGCGCGGGCGCCUUGGACGUGCGCCAGUUGCCCGGCACGCACCGCUCCAUCCUGACGGGGGAGCCCGCGCGCGCUAUCGCAGACCUGCUCAGCAGCUCGCUUGGACGGCACUAG